AGAGAUUUCAUGCUGCUGAAUCCAUUUGUGAUAUAACCUAAAUUGAAACGGAGGAUAUGUAAACACGUAUAGAAGAAAGAGCGAAAAGGGAAGAAGGUGCCAGUAUGUCGUCUAUGAUGGAUGAUACAGUGAAGCAUAAGAGUCAUAGGGACCGCAAUGCGGGCCGUAAGGCAGAGAAGAAGAAAACGAAGAAGGAACAUGUUCAGGAAUUAUCAGAUAAGCAGAGAAAUCCAAAAGCGUUCACUUUCAAUUCCGCGAUCAGAGCAGAAAGAAGAUUCAGACGGAAACAGGACAUCGAAACUAAAAAGCAGCACAUACCUCUUGUUGACAGAACGCCUUUGGAGCCACCACCGGUCUUAGUAGCUGUAGUUGGUCCACCGAAGGUGGGAAAGUCACUGGUCAUACAAUGCUUGAUCAAAAGCUACGUCAAACAACCGUUGACCAACAUACUUGGUCCAGUCACUAUUGUAUCAGGCAAGAAACAAAGAAUCACCUUCAUAGAAUGCAACAACGAUGUGAACUGCAUGAUCGACAUUGCCAAGGUGGCGGAUCUGGUGCUGCUGCUGGUGGAUGCCUCCUUUGGAUUUGAGAUGGAGAUCUUUGAGUUUUUGAAUAUAUGCCAGGUACAUGGUAUGCCCAGGAUUAUGGGGGUUCUUACUCACCUGGAUCUCAUAAAGAAUGCAAGGCAAAUGAGGAAAACGAAAAAGACAUUGAAGCAUCGCUUCUGGGCGGAGGUGUUUGCCGGUGCAAAAUUGUUCUACCUCUCUGGAUUGCUGCACGAGGAAUAUCUCCGUACGGAAAUAAAGAAUCUAGCGCGGUUCAUAUCAGUCAUGCGGUUCAGGCCCUUGACUUGGCGUACUACCCAUCCCUAUUUACUUGCUGAUAGACUGGAAGACUUGACGUCGCCAGAACUGAUCAGGAAGAAUCCAAAAGUUGACAGAAAUAUUUGUUUGUAUGGAUAUGUUAGAGGAAUACCUUUGAAUAAGGAUACAUCCAUUCAUAUACCCGGCUGUGGAGACAUGAAGAUCAAGGAUGUGAACUUUCUGCCGGAUCCAUGUCCACUUCCAGAACACAUUAAGAAACGAGCCUUGGUGGAGAAGGAACGGCUAAUUUACGCGCCGUUUUCUGGAGUCGGUGGUAUAGUUUAUGAUAAGGAUGCCGUUUAUGUGGAACUGGGCGGCAGCCAUUCGUAUAAAGAAGAAGACACAGGUUUGGCUGGUGCUCUAAUGGAUACACAAGAGACACUGGACCAAAAAUUGCAGCACAGCGAGUUGAAAUUGUUCAGCGAUGCCGCGCCUAUAAAAUCACAAGAUGUGAACGAAAGUAUGGCUUCUUAUACAGGUGAAUUGGUUUCAGAGAAUGGAAGAGUUCGACGAAAAGUGAUAUUUAAAGACGAAACGGAUAUAAAAAAUAUUUCGAAUAAAAAUGACGAUAAUCUGAUAAAACAUGAAGACGAAGACAGUGAAGAUGACGAAAAUAAUGAAGAUGACAGUAAUGAUGAUAAUGACUACAACAUGGACGAGAAUGAUGAUGAUGAUGAAUGGAGUGACAUAGAUAUUUUAGAAAAAACUGAAAAAGGUGUUAAAAGAAAAGGUACUGACGAAGGCAACAUACAAAAGAAAAAGAAGAGAGACUCGAUUAAUUCAACUAUUGAAAACGAUGUAAAUCUCGACGACUCUGAGUUAACGAAUGAUAAGAAGAUGGAGGCUCCUCAGCAAGAAAAUGCAGGAGUAUAUCAUUCUUUAAGUAAGGAAUCAGAUAAACUGAUAAAAAAUAAGAUCUCGGAAGCAUUGAGUCUUUUGGAGGCAACAAAGAAAAAUGUGAAGCAGGAUGUUGACGACGAAAGUUUCGACGAGCUCAGCGAUGAGGAUUCGCGUGCAGGAUUAGAAAUGGACGAUGCAGAUCGGUUAAGCGAUUUCGAAGACAUUGCAUCCGAAGAAGAAGAAAAGAAAGAUGAUAUCAAGAUAAAUGAAAGUGAAGAAGUUCCGGAUGAAUUGAAGUGGAAGAGGAAUUUAACAGAGAAGGCGAGAGAAGCUUUCAUAAAUCGCCAACAAAACAACAAAAAUUUGAUGAAAAUUGUUUAUGGAGUAUUCGACAAAAGUAAUAUGAUUGAAGAGGAAGAGGAUAAGGAAGACGAGAAGCUCGAUCAGGAUAUUGGCGGAAUAUUCCGCGUAAUUCAAGAACAGCAGAGACAGAAAAUACAGCAGCGAGAAUUGCAAAAUCAGGAGGAAUCAGUAUUCUUCUCGAUGGAGAAUCCGCGCGAUUGGCUGAAGGAGGAGAACAAAGCGUUAUUAAUCAACCGUUUCGUUACGGGCAAAUGGAAGGAAUCGGAGGACGCCGAGGAGCUUUUAAAGCUGGACGACGAGGAUUUAUACGGCGACUUUGAGGAUCUGGAGACCGGCGAGAAGCAUAAAGCAGAGCAUCUCGAAGAGUUGCCGGUGGACGAAGUAGAAGACAAAAAGAAGCUCUUGGAAAAGAAGAAGAAGCUGAAGGAGCAAUUUAACGCGGAAUACGACAAUACGGAAAAGAAAACGUACUAUGACGAGCUGAAGGAUGAGGUAGAGAGACAAGCUGGAAUCAACAAGUCGGAGUUUGAAGGGCUGGAUGAUGACAUCAGGGUCCAGUUGGAGGGCUAUCGCCCCGGCAUGUACAUUCGUGUGGAAAUCGAGGCAGUGCCGUGCGAGUUAAUUACGCAUCUCGACCCGACAUAUCCGAUCAUCAUAGGUGGUUUGUUGCAUGGUGAAGAGAACAUUGGCUACGUACAAAUGCGGAUCAAGAAGCACCGAUGGUACUCAAGGAUCUUGAAGAGUCGCGAUCCACUUAUAUUCUCCAUAGGCUGGCGUAGAUUCCAGUCGCUGCCGAUUUAUUCCAAACUGGAGGACAAUUUGCGUCACCGAAUGUUAAAGUAUACGCCGGAGCAUGUGGCAUGCAUGGGUCACCUUUGGGGCCCAAUUACGCCGCAGGGUACCGGAGUUCUGGCGGUGCAGGACGUCGCGAGUAAAGAACCAGGUUUCCGCAUCGUAGCGACUGGCUCGAUCGUGGAGUUGGACAAGAGCACGGAGGUAAUGAAGAAGCUCAAGCUCAUCGGCGUACCUAUGAAGAUCCACCGUAAGACAGCAUUCAUUAAGGAUAUGUUCAACAGCGCCCUUGAGGUCGCCAAGUUCGAGGGUGCCCGAAUCAAGACAGUCUCGGGCAUUCGUGGUCAGAUCAAGAAGGCAAUCUCCAAGCCAGAGGGCUGCUUUCGCGCCACGUUCGAGGACAAGAUAAUGUUAAGCGAUAUAGUGUUUUGUAGGACUUGGUAUAAGAUCGACGUGCCACGCUUCUACAAUCCAGUAACGUCGUUGCUUCUGCCACUUGCGGAGAAGAGUCGGUGGUACGGUAUGAAGACUACAGGUCAAUUGAAGCGAGAAAAGAAUAUCCACGCUGAAGCUAAUAUAAAUUCGAUAUAUACACCGAUCAAACGAGAUGUUAAGGUGUUCAAACCACUGUUCAUUCCGCGCAAGUUGCAGAAGGAGCUCCCAUACAGAGACAAACCCAAACUCGAGUCCGUGCCGCACUUACGCAAGCCCAAGUUCAAGCAAGGUCGAGUUGCCGUGGUACGUGAACCACAAGAACAGAACAUCGCUCGUAUAAUAAAGAUGAUCAGAACGAAUUACGCGAAAAAGCAGAAACAGUCGAAGGAGGCUAUGACGAAGAGAAUAACGGCAUAUCAGGCGCAAAUCAAGGAGGAGGAAGCCAAGAAAUUAAGGAAGCAAAAGCAGAUGAAGAAGGAAAUCUUUAGGGAUCUCAAUAAACUGGAAAAGAAAAAAAGUCGAUAAGGCUUCUGAGGUAGAAUAGAUUGAUAUUUAAAAAAAUUU